CAAAUUUUCCAAGCACCGGCGCAUAUAAUGAGCCUCUUCCCGUACUCUGACAGAGUUUAAUAAGAACUUAAUAGUGCCAAAUUAAAAUAGUACCAUAAAUAUCGACGGUACUAGUUGUAUGGGGGUCAUUUUGACGUCUCUAUUAACAUCUGUAACGUUAUGGGGACGUUCGGUUGUAUAGUUUGGAGUUUAGUAUAUUUUCUAGAUACAACCAUGAGUCAAGCACCUCCUGCAUCUGCAUCUCGUUCCUUUCACUGUGUUAAUGAUGUAUCCCUAUGCAAGGACGUUGUCAUUGAUCCAAGAGCUGGCGAAGCCAACACUCCAUCAACACAACUGAAAGUGUUGACCCCUCAGACAGACUGUCCAGCUGGCUUCUUCAAAUGCAACAGCGUCGUUUGUGGUGUUCCUUCAGUACAACCCUCGCCUGCCAAUGGGUACGUCACUGCCAACUCUGCUCCAUGGCAAGCGUACAUCGCUAGUGAUACCUAUGGCUAUAUUGGGGGAGGGGUGCUGGUAAACCAAUACAACGUUGUUACAGCUGCACACAAAGUGUCAAACAUAACUAACAAACCACCAGUUAGUAUUAAAGUAUCACUGGGGAUGUACACUACAGCAUCAACGCAGAACGUACAAGUAGUGCAAGUGAGCCAGAUAUGGCAAAACAGCGGGUACAACGCUCAAUACCUGAAGAAUGACGUCGCCAUCCUUAGACUGGCUACACCAAUCAACUUUUCGGCGAAUAUCAGACCAAUAUGUCUACCAACUGCUGGAAAAAGCUACGUCACUGAUUCCACUACCAACUGUCUGGUGACCGGUUGGGGCCAAACCAACUUCAACGUAAUAGAUGCUCCCACAAGAACCCUAAAACAAGCCUAUGUUCCUAUAGUUUCCAAUGACAAAUGCACAGCAUCGUACACCCAGGUGUUGGGUGCUGCCUACACUGCAGCCUAUCUGGAUUUUCCUGGAGAACUAUGUGCCGGAGGCCAAGCACAAAUUGACGCUUGCACAAUGGCGGAUCUCCAUUGGUUUGUAGAGACGGUACCAGUUUUGCGCUAGUCGGAUUAGUACUAUGGGGCAAGAAUUGCGGUGUUGCAGGUAGGUACGGCGUUUACCUCAAUGUACCACAAUACUCGUCAUGGAUAUAUUCCACCAUAGGGUGCCUUUCAACUGGUAGUACCACAUG